CCCUCGUCUUUUAUCUCCCAAAUUUCCCAUCUCCACACAACUCGAGCUCCAACAACAAUGCCGACGGCUCAGCUCCCGAUCGCUGGAGACCAGAAGCUCCGUCCAAAAUCCGGUCGGAAACCUCUCCAACCAAAGAACUCACUGGUCGAUGCGGUGAAUGAAAUCGCAAGGACCAAGCUAAUAUCGAAGCAAGGAUGGAUCGAGAUCACACCAGCCGGCAAUCUGAACAAGGAGAACCGUCCGAUCUAUGCCACACCGACGAGAAUAGAGCCGAUGGAUUCGUCUCUGGCGGAAGAACUCAGCGCUAUGAGGAAGAAGAUGGAGCGGUUGAGGUUGGAUAAGGAGAAAACAGAAAGGAUGUUGAGAGAAAGGAGCGAGAUGCUGGAUUUGCAGAUGAAGGAAAUGGAAUGCAGAGGGGAGAUUCAGAGGGAGCUGGAGAUCGAAGUCGAUAGGCUGUACAGAUUGAAGGAGCUCCAAUGUUUUAGCAUGAGGAUAUCUCCCGUGAGAACACUGAGAGAGAAGGAAAAAGAAAAGAAGACAAACGAAACACAAUCUGAAGAAAUUAAAUUGGAAGAUUUGGAAGAAUUUGUGGAUGAAAACUUAGUGUCGAGUCCCGGUUCGGAUUGUGCAAAAACAAGCAAAGAAGAGGAUGAUAAAUGAUGUUUUGGGUUUGCUUUUAAUGAUCUUCUUUCUUCGGAGAAUUGAGUUAUGGCUUAAGGGAUGCAGAUUUUAAGUAAUGGGUAGCAUUUAUAAAAGAAUAAUAAUAUCUCAUUAUUGUUGGGGUUUGUUUGGCGCUCUUUGACAAAGUGUUUGUUUGAACUAAUUUUCGGAAGUGUUUGUUAGGGAUGAUUAGUCAGUGGCUAAGUAAAGUUUUUAUUAAAAA